ACUUGUGACAAUGACGACUGAAGUUGGCUCCGAGACUGAAGUAAAGAAAGAUUCUGAGCAGGCAGGAGCAGAGCAAGCCAAGGACAAGCCUGACGAAGCCUCACGUACUACAGAAGAUCAAAAGUCCAGAAAAACAUCCUCAGAAGAAGCUUUAGAUUCGUCUUCUGUCCCAGUGCCAACUAGCCAAAGCAGCCCAAGUAGCCAGAAGAAGGAAAAGGAUUCGUCUGAAAGCAAGGGUAUUUCUCGCUUCCUGCCCCCAUGGCUUAAGAAGCAAAAAUCCUACACCCUGGCAGAGCCCAAAGAAGAGACCAAGAAAAAGGCUGUAGGGGAGGACCAAGCAAUUGAAGUGAGUGACUGCCAGCUUCCCAAGGAGGGGCCUCAGCCAGAAAGGAGCUUAACGGAAGCAGCAACUGAAAAAGAGCACAACGCUAAAGCAGAUGAGAAGGAGGAAAAGCGCUCUGUUAGCAGUGCUGAAACACAGCCUGCCAAGGAAGAUGGUAAAGAAAUAGAAGUUGAAAAAGUUGCUGAGGGAAAAGAAGAAAAACGAGUGGAAAAAGAAGAAAAGCAAGUAGAAAAAGAAAAGAGGGAGACCAAAGAGGUACAGACAGGUGAAAUCAAAGCAGAGGGCAUCCCCCAGAAGUCUCCCAAGAAAAUUAAAACUGUGCCAUGUAAAGUGAUGCUUCUGGAUGGCACAGAAUACAGUUGUGAUCUAGAGAAAAGAUCAAAAGGCCAGGUGCUGUUCGAAAAAGUAUGUGAGCAUCUCAAUUUACUGGAAAAAGACUAUUUUGGACUGGUGUUCUAUGAGAAUUCGGAUCAGAAGAACUGGCUAGAUCCUUCAAAGGAAAUUAAGAGGCAAAUUCGAAGUUUACCUUGGCUAUUCACCUUUAAUGUGAAGUUUUAUCCUCCUGAUCCUUCACAGCUGACUGAAGACAUCACCAGAUAUUUCUUGUGCCUACAGCUUCGCCAGGAUAUCGCUUCGGGGCGACUGCCCUGUUCUUUUGUGACUCACGCCCUCCUUGGGUCAUACACCGUGCAAGCUGAACUGGGGGAUCACGACCCAGAGGAGCACCGUGGUGAUUAUAUCAGUGAAUUCCAAUUUGCACCCAAUCAAACUCAAGAAAUGGAAGAAAAAGUUGUUGAGCUACACAAAACACACAGGGGCUUGUCUCCAGCACAGGCAGAUUCUCAGUUCCUAGAAAACGCCAAGAGACUCUCCAUGUAUGGAGUGGAUUUACAUCAUGCCAAGGAUUCUGAAGGUGUGGAUAUCAUGCUCGGUGUAUGUGCUAAUGGACUGCUCAUUUACAAAGACAGACUCCGUAUCAACCGCUUUGCGUGGCCAAAAAUUCUGAAAAUUUCCUAUAAGCGAAGUAAUUUCUACAUCAAAGUCAGGCCAGCAGAACUGGAACAGUUUGAGAGCACUAUUGGUUUCAAACUGCCAAACCAUCGGGCUGCUAAAAGAUUAUGGAAGGUUUGUGUGGAGCACCAUACUUUCUUCAGACUCAUCUCACCAGAGCAGCCACCCAAAGCCAAGUUUCUCACCCUGGGUUCCAAGUUCCGCUACAGCGGGCGCACGCAAGCGCAGACGCGGCAGGCCAGCAACCUCAUCGACCGGCCCGCGCCGCACUUCGAGCGCACGUCGAGCAAGCGGGUUUCCAGAAGCCUGGACGGAGCUCCCAUAGGUAUCUCAGACCAAAGUCUGCUGAGAGAUUUUUCUACCGCCAGAGGGGGACCUGCUGGAGAUAAAGUGCUUGACAUUGAAGGUGCUGGUCAGGCCAAGCUAAAAGAGGGUGGCAGAGAAGAAAAUGGAAGCCCAGUCAAAACUCCACAGUUAGAAUUGAUUCAGGAUGGAAAGAAAUUACAUUCCUUGAAAGUAGACGGGGAAAAUAUUUAUGUCAGACAUAGCAAUUUAAUGUUGGAGGACCUGGAUAAGACCCAGGACGAGCUACUGAAACACCAGGCUAGCAUUAGUGAGCUCAAGCGCACUUUCAUGGAGUCCACGCCCGAGCCCCGUCCCAGCGCGUGGGAAAAGCGGCGUAUCCCCCCUGCGGCCCUGCAGGCACCCGCGAAAAAAGGAGACUACAUUUUCCAAUUGAAAACGCCGCCUUUGAGGGAGAAGCAAUGGACUGCAAUGCCGUGGACUGCUGAAGCAAAACCAGAGGAGACUGACAAGAGGCAUGGUUCCCGAGCAGAAGGGCCUUGCGUUGGAGUCAGCGAUGCUGAUAAGAGUUCACAUGAGACUCUGGACAUAGUGGAGGAGAAGAAGCAGGCAGAGGUUGGGAGAGAAGAAGCAGUAGUCAUAGACGAAACCAACAAAGGGAAAAUACAAGUUGCUACUGAUGCUGGGGAAACAUGUAAGGUGGAACACCUCGCCAAAAAGGACUCAUCGUCGUUGCCGUCAGAUAGUAACAGCAGCAGUAGUAGUGAGAGUGAGGAUGAAGAGGUGGGAGAAUACCAGCCACAUCAUAGGGCAAUUGAGGAAGUCAUCAGGGAAGAACAAGAAGAAGAAGAUGAUGCAAACAGGAAAAAAGAGCACCAGGAAAAGAUAAUGCAGCCUGUAGAAGCUACAACAGAAGGCAGUAAAGUACAUGUACCAGCUGAGCACGUAGCUCAAGUUGCAGCUGAAGCUUUGGUCCAGGAAAAUGCAGUUACCCUAGCUACAGAAGAGAAGAAGGUCUCAGAGGAGGUGAAGCAAGACGUAGGUGAAGAAAAAGAGGAAGAGCAGCUCAGACUGAAUGGAGAUAUGUCUCAUGUUGACAUUGAUGUUGCACCUCAAAUAAUUUGUUGUUCAGAGCCUCCAGUAGUGAAAACAGAGAUGGUAACCAUUUCGGAUGCUUCACAGAGAACUGAAAUCUCCACUAAGGAAGUUCCAAUUGUUCAAACAGAGACUAAAACCAUCACAUAUGAAUCUCCACAGUUUGAUGGCAGUCCAGGCAGCAAUGCUGGUGUCCUGCUGAGUGCACAGACAAUUACAUCAGAAUCAAUUUCCACUACCACAACUACACACAUUACAAAGAUGGUAAAAGGUGGGGUAUCAGAAACAAGAAUUGAGAAGCGCAUUGUCAUUACUGGAGAUGCAGAUAUUGACCAUGAUGAGGCCCUGGCACAGGCAAUCAAAGAAGCCAAAGAACAGCACCCUGACAUGUCUGUCACAAGAGUAGUGGUGCACAAAGAAACUGAACUUGCAGAGGAAGAUGAAGAGUAAAAUCAAAAUGCCAUCAAGCAAAUAUUUCAG